ACAUCUUGGAUCCAGUGCAAUCUCGUGCGAGCGUGGCUAUCCGAGGCACCGAAGGUAAGCCGUGUGUGCGGGCUGUUUAUUUUUGGUUUUUUCGCUUAGGCAACGGUCUCCCACAAUGGUUUAUUUUAUGAGUAAUGCGUUUCCUGGGUGCGUACCGUCCUGAGCCGUACCCGGGGCGGGUCUGACGAAGGCAGCGAUGACCACGGAAACCAAGAUGAGCAGCUCGGAAGAGGUGUCCUGGAUUUCGUGGUUUUGUGGACUCAGAGGAAAUGAGUUCUUUUGUGAGGUGGAUGAGGAUUAUAUCCAGGAUAAAUUUAAUCUCACUGGAUUGAAUGAACAAGUACCACACUAUCGUCAAGCAUUAGACAUGAUACUUGAUCUUGAACCUGAUGAUGAUCUGGAUGAUAAUCCAAAUCAAUCUGAUUUAAUUGAACAAGCUGCUGAGAUGUUGUAUGGUCUUAUUCAUGCUCGUUAUAUAUUGACAAAUCGUGGUAUUGCACAAAUGAUUGAAAAAUAUCAAGCUGGUGAUUUUGGUCAUUGUCCACGUGUUUAUUGUGAAUCACAACAAAUGUUACCACUUGGUCUUAGUGAUGUACCUGGUGAAGCUAUGGUUAAAAGUUAUUGUCCAAAAUGCAUGGAUGUUUAUACUCCAAAAAGUUCAAGACAUCAUCAUAAUGAUGGUGCUUAUUUUGGAACUGGAUUUCCACAUAUGCUCUUUAUGGUUCAUCCAGAGUAUCGUCCAAAGCGCGCAACAAAUCAAUUCAUACCUCGAUUAUAUGGAUUUAAAAUUCAUCCAUUAGCUUAUCAAAUGCAACAGCAAUCAGCAGCAACAUUCAAGGCACCAUUACGUGCACUUUAUCCCAAUGGAAAACGUUAAGACUCUCGUAAGAAUGAUCAAUAAAAAAAAAAACAAAUAAAUUAUACAGAUAUUAUAAUUUGAUAGAAGAAAAAAAAAAAUCAAUAUGAUUAAAAUUCUACUAAAUCGUCAAAUAAUUUUUCACAGGCAUUAAUUAUUAUCCAUUAAAUUAUAUCAUUUUAAUAAUGAAAAUUUAUAAAAAAAAACAAAAAAAAAAAACUAAAAAAAUAAUAUUCUUGGCUCAUUAAGUUAUCGAUUUAUCAGUACAUUUUUUUUUUUUUUUUUUUCUUUCCUUUUUUAAAUAUUAUUUUUGUAAUAUUUAAGAUUGUCAUUUUGACGAUAUUAAUUGAUUUUAAUUCAAUUAAUAUUUUCAAUCGUGUUAUUUCAAUCAGGGCCUUGCGGCAAUAACACCCUAAAAAUAAUUAAAAUCAAUAAUUGACAAAUAAAAAUUCAUAAUUUAAUAAAUAGAGUAUGUAUGAUAAAAUAUAAAAUCAAUAAA